CUUUCAGUACAAUUUGAAUUGAAUUGGAUUUGUAUUGGAAUAUUUGGGGAAUUGGUUUCAAAUCUAAUUGUGUACUUGUGAAUCAAGUUUAGUGCCUUCAAAACAACGCCUAUAAAGGGGAGAGAACGUGAGCGAAGAAGAAAAGAUAGUCAUUUACAAUCUCCUGGUUCUUCUUUUCUUUUCCCAUUGGAGAAAACUUCUGGAGAUUCAGGCAAAUUCCAAGAUAAAAUCCACAAGACCUUCAAAAUAAUAUUUGUUGUGAUGAAAUAAAAGUUAGGUUAAAGCCAGAAGUUAUGGAUCCUAGGGACGUUCCUGACCCCUACAGAGAAUUAAGCUCAAAUGAGAAUUAUUUUGAAGCGCUAGAUCUAAGAAGACUUGAAAGUGAAUAUCUUUUAAAUCAAGAGCAAGCACAUCCCUAUGGAAGUUCAUAUCCGAGUCAGUUUAGAAUUGCAUACCCCAGUCAGUAUACAAGCCCAUACCCCAGUCAGUAUCCAAGCCCCCUGGCAUCUGAAAGCCCUGAACCUCGCCCUGAAGAUUUAACAGUGAAACGUUAUAUUGGCUCUGGAGUUGCCUUUGUAAGUCUUAUAACAGAAAAUUUGUUGAGCCACCCAUUUUUAGUACUGAGGAGACAAUGCCAGGUAAAUCAUACAUCAAAGAGGUAUCAUUUGCUACCUUUUACUUUGUUACCUACGGUGUGCCACUUACAACAGCACCAAGGUUUAACCACAUUAUGGAAAGGCUUAGGCUCCACUUUGCUUGUCCGGGGAAUGUCUUUAGGAGUAGAAGACUUGAUAUCAAAGUUAACCCCAUGGCCCAAAGACCUAAGCUGGCAUAGUAGUUUAAAACAGUUUUUUCAGCACACAAUGUUGAAAUGUGUUACCUUUGCAAUUGUAACUCCAUUUUAUUCAGCUUCGUUCGUUGAAACAGUCCAAAGCGAAAUAGCCAGCGAGAGACCAGGAAUCCUAGAUGUUUUCCGAGAAGGAUUUAUAAAACUGCUAAAUUGGAGGGCCUCAUCCAAAAGCCGCUUACUUCCAAUAUGGGCUUUAGUUCUUCCAACCAUGACCCUCGGAUUAACAAAAUAUUUAUUCUCAAUGAUGAUCAAAGGGGUUGCAGUGCGGCUUCUCAGUAUCCGCCAAAGAAACAAGUGGGAACAGACUGGAACUAUUCCUAAAGAUUUCAAUAACCAUGCUUCGGAUGAUGUCAAGAUGACUGCUGCACUAAUAGCUACUAUCUCUGCUGAUGUUGUAUUUUAUCCAUGUGAGACCAUUGUUCAUCGUUUACAUUUACAGGGUACCCGUACUAUUGUUGACAACUUAAGUGAUGGACGUUCUGUAUUAGCUAUUUUAACCAACUAUAGAGGUGCAGUAGACUGUUAUGAGAAAUGUAUUGGAACAGAAGGUACCAGUGGGCUAUACAAAGGAUUCGGAGCUUUGAUUUUACAGUACAUGGCCCACAUUGCACUCAUAAAGAUAUCCCGUUUUCUACUAUCAGAACUGGGAGCGCUACUAACGAAAUCCGAACCAAAGCCCCGUAUUCCGGCAGAUAAUUCUCCGCCUGCCAUACUUGUAUAAUUAUUAAGUUUUAUAGUUUUUGUUGAGCGUAAUUAAUUCAACAUUUUUUUUUUAUUAAAUAAAAGUUUUUCAUGUUCAAUAUAGGUAUAUAUUUAAUAUAUUAUGUAUAAUAUAUUAUGUUGUACCUAA